CCUGGAGUGCGCUCUGCUCCACGCCACCCAACGCGAGUCCCGAGGGUCCCGCACGUCCAACGGCUCCGGGCGCAGCGCGUCCCGCCGAGCGCAGCAGGACCCACACGCCAUGAGCGUCUGAACAGGGUGCUGAGCGGUGGCGGCGAUGUUGGGGCGCGGGGCCCCGGGCUCCAGUCGGGGGCUGCUGCUGGCGCUGCUGGCGCUUGGCUUGCUGCCGCGGGUGCGGGGCGUCGAGCAGGAGCCCGGCAGCGCGCACGAAGAGAGCCAGGGUUUCCAGGUGGUCACCUUCAAAUGGCACCAUGUCCAGGACCCGUACAUCAUCGCGCUGUGGAUCCUCGUGGCCAGCUUGGCCAAGAUCGGCUUCCAUCUGUCGCACAAGGUCACCAGCGUCGUCCCCGAAAGCGCGCUGCUCAUCGUGCUGGGCCUGGUGCUGGGCGGCAUCGUCUGGGCAGCUGACCACAUCGCCUCCUUCACGCUGACGCCCACCGUCUUCUUCUUCUACCUGCUGCCCCCCAUCGUGCUGGACGCCGGCUACUUCAUGCCCAACCGGCUCUUCUUCGGAAACCUGGGCACCAUCCUGCUGUAUGCCGUCAUCGGCACCGUGUGGAACGCGGCCACCACUGGACUGUCCCUCUACGGCGUCUUCCUCAGUGGCCUGAUGGGAGACCUGAACAUCGGGCUGCUGGAUUUCCUCCUGUUUGGCAGCCUGAUUGCCGCCGUGGACCCGGUGGCUGUCCUGGCCGUGUUCGAGGAGGUGCACGUCAACGAGGUCCUGUUCAUCAUCGUCUUUGGGGAGUCACUGCUGAACGAUGCCGUCACUGUGGUCCUCUACAACGUGUUUGAAUCUUUCGUGACGCUGGGUGGUGACAAGGUGACUGGCGUGGAUUGUGUGAAAGGCAUAGUGUCCUUCUUCGUGGUGAGCCUGGGGGGCACGCUGGUGGGGGUCAUCUUCGCCUUCCUGCUGUCGCUGGUGACCCGCUUCACCAAGCAUGUGCGCAUCAUCGAGCCGGGCUUUGUGUUUAUCAUCUCGUACCUGUCCUACCUCACGUCCGAGAUGCUGUCGCUGUCGGCCAUCCUGGCCAUCACCUUCUGUGGCAUCUGCUGUCAGAAGUACGUGAAGGCUAACAUCUCGGAGCAGUCGGCCACCACCGUGCGCUACACCAUGAAGAUGCUGGCCAGCGGGGCGGAGACCAUCAUCUUCAUGUUCCUCGGCAUCUCGGCCGUGAACCCGCUCAUCUGGAAGUGGAACACGGCCUUUGUGCUCCUCACUCUGGUCUUCAUCUCCGUGUACCGGGCCAUUGGUGUCGUCCUGCAGACCUGGGUCCUGAACCGGUACCGGAUGGUGCAGCUGGAGAUCAUAGACCAGGUGGUCAUGUCGUACGGCGGCCUGCGCGGGGCCGUGGCCUUCGCUCUGGUCGUCCUUCUGGACGAGAAGAAGGUGAAGGAGAGGGACCUGUUCGUCAGCACGACCAUCAUCGUGGUCUUCUUCACUGUCAUCUUCCAGGGCCUGACCAUCAAGCCCCUGGUGCAGUGGCUGAAGGUGAAAAGGAGUGAGCAUCGGGACCCCAAACUCAAUGAGAAGCUGCAUGGCCGGGCUUUUGACCACAUCCUCUCAGCCAUUGAGGACAUAUCAGGGCAGAUUGGACACAAUUACCUCAGAGACAAGUGGUCCAACUUUGAUAGGAAAUUCCUCAGCAAAAUCCUUAUGAGAAGGUCAGCUCAGAAGUCACGAGAUCGGAUUCUGAAUGUUUUCCAUGAACUCAACUUGAAAGAUGCCAUUAGCUAUGUGGCUGAGGGAGAGCGCCGUGGGUCCCUGGCCUUCAUCCGCUCCCCCAGCACCGACAACAUGGUCAACGUGGACUUCAGCACUCCGCGGCCCUCAACCGUGGAGGCCUCUGUCUCCUACUUCCUGAGGGAGAACGUCAGCGCGGUGUGCCUGGACAUGCAGUCCCUGGAGCAGAGAAGGAGAAGCAUCCGUGACACAGAGGACAUGGUCACUCACCACACCCUGCAGCAGUACCUGUACAAGCCUCGGCAGGAGUACAAGCACCUGUACAGUCGGCAUGAGCUAACGCCAAACGAAGACGAGAAGCAGGACAAGGAGAUCUUCCACAGGACCAUGCGGAAGCGCCUGGAGUCCUUCAAGUCGGCCAAGCUGGGGAUCAACCAGAAUAAGAAGGCGGCAAAACUCUACAAGCGGGAACGGGCCCAGAAGCGGAGAAACAGCAGCAUUCCCAACGGGAAACUGCCCAUGGAGAAUCCCAUGCCCAAUUUCACCAUUAAGGAGAAAGAUUUGGAACUCUCAGACCCAGAGGAGGCCCCGGACUACGGUGCUGAAAUGGGUGGGGGGAUCGAGUUCCUGGCAAACAUCACGCAAGACACCACAGCGACAGACUCCCCCUCAGGAAUUGACAACCCUGUGUUCUCCCCGGAUGAGGACCUGAGCAUCCUCUCCAGGGUGCCACCCUGGCUGUCCCCAGGGGAGACGGUGGUGCCCUCCCAGAGGGCCCGUGUGCAGAUCCCCUGCUCUCCCGGCAACUUCCGCCGCCUGGCGCCCUUCCGCCUCAGCAACAAGUCCGUGGACUCCUUUCUGCAGGCUGAUGGCCCCGAGGAACAGCUCCACACGACCCUCCCUGAGUCCACGCACAUGUGACACAGGCUCCGACGUGCCGCUGACCGGACGCUCGUCCCCUCCCGCCGCCGAGAAGCCCCCGCUCCCCGCGCGCUCCCCGCGCCCGCGCGCCCUGAGCCCGGCCCCGCCCU